UUACCAGCAGAGAAGGCAAGCUGAACGGGGGUUGGCUAAGAGCAAAGGUCCUGUGGGAGGAGAGAGCCAGGCCAGGCUGGCUGCACCCGGCAGAGCGUGGGGAGCAAGUAGGUCCAGGAGAACAUCGUGUGCUGCAACGAGAAACCUGAAGAGGAACAUGGCACUGCUCUGGGGGCUCCUGGUACUCUGCUUGUCCUGUCUGCAAAGCCCCUGCUCCAUGUUCUCCCCUGUGAGCGCCAUGGAUCUCCCGAGCCAGCAGCCAAUGAGUGAGCAGGCCCAGCAGAAGCUGCUCCCACUCGCCCUCCUCAAGUUGGGCAAACAGGGUCUCAGUGGCCAUGCUACCCUGGAGAUGUCCCCAAGAGACUGCAAGAGUACCCCAACUGCAGAGGAGACUCGAAGGCUGGCUCAGGCCAUGAUGGCUUUUACUGCUGACCUGUUCUCCUUGGUGGCCCAGACAUCCACCAGCUCCAACCUUAUCCUGUCACCGCUGAGUGUGGCCCUGGCACUCUCUCACCUGGCACUAGGUGCUCGGAACCAGACACUACAGAGCUUGCAACAAGUGUUACACGUGAACACAGGGCCCUGCCUUCCCCAUCUACUGAGCCAUUUCUGCCAGAACCUAGGCCCUGGGACAAUCCGGCUGGCUGCCAGAAUAUACCUACAGAAGGAAUUUCCCAUCAAAGAGGAUUUCCUGGAGCAAUCAGAACGGCUCUUUGGUGCAAAGCCUGUGAAACUGACUGGAAAGCAGGAGGAAGACCUGACGAACAUCAACCAAUGGGUGAAGGAGGCCACGGAGGGGAAGAUUGAGGAUUUCCUCUCUGAGCUGCCAGAUAACACCGUGUUGCUUCUCCUCAAUGCCAUCCAUUUUCAUGGUUUCUGGAGGACCAAGUUUGACCCGAGCCUCUCCGAGAAAGACUCCUUCCACCUGAACGAGCUCUUCACGGUGCCAGUGGAUAUGAUGCGAGCACAGUCCUACCCUCUGCCAUGGUUCCUGCUGGAGCAACCAGAGAUGCAGGUGGCUCACUUCCCUUUUAAGAACAACAUGAGCUUUGUGGUCAUGAUGCCCACUCAUUUUGACUGGAACGUGUCUCAGGUACUAGCUAACCUGAGUUUGGACACGCUGUACCAUCCCUCACUUCGGGAGAAGCCCACCAAUGUGUGGCUGCCUAAACUCCAUUUGAAACAGCAGUUGGACCUGGUGGCCACCCUCAGCCAGCUGGGCCUGCAGGAAUUGUUCCAGGGCCCAGACCUGCGUGGGAUCUCUGACCAGGGUCUGGUGGUGUCUAGCGUGCAGCAUCAGUCUACCAUGGAACUCAGUGAGGCUGGUGUGGAGGCAGCUGCAGCCACCAGCACAGCCAUGAAUCGAAUGUCCAUCUCCUCCUUCGUGGUGAACCGACCCUUCAUCUUCUUCAUCAUGGAGGAUACCUUAGGCAUGCCCCUCUUUGUGGGCAGUGUGAGGAACCCCAAUCCCAGUGCACAGCCCCAGCUCCAAGAACAGCAAGAUUCCCCUGACAAGAGAGUCUUUCAGAAUGAAAAAGCUGACUUCCAUGGAGACAAGACCUUUAGUCCUGAUUUGAAACUUGCACCCCCUUUGGAGGAGGAUUACCCCCAGUUUAGCACCCCCAAGUGAGGAGGGGCCCUGGGCCCUCCUCCCGAGUUCACCUAGAUCAGCUUCUCAACUCCUGUGACUCUUUCCAACCAGUCUUGUGGGGUAGGGUGGGACCUGGGGAGGCAGUCUCCAGGGAAAGGAGCCAUUUUCUUGCAGUAGCCCCUGGGGAUAGGAAGUGGGGUGGGGCCUGGAGAAAGGCAGGCAAAAGGAAUCUUCAUUUCUUCUAAAAGAGCUCAGGGGGUGACCUUUUGUGGGCUGGGCACUCAUGGAUAUAGUUUUGGCUAGAGGUGGGUUAGGCCAGUCCCUAGCUUAGUUGGGGUACCUUCACCUUUAGACGUGUCCCCAAACAUCCUGAACUCAGACCUUAGCCUUGCUUCAUGUUGAACUCCAUGGGUGGAGGUUGACCUACCCAGAUUCUGAUAUACCUUGCUGAAGACAUACAGGAUCCACCAUGUCCCACCACCCAAGUCACCCCCUCUGAUCUUUGGAGAAGCCAACACUGCCAGGAGUCCCCUUCCUCUCCCUUGACCUCUUCUGGGGGCAAGCUCAUGGGCUGAGGCAGGGGCGGGCCCCUUUAGCUCCCAAGACUCUUUUGUAAAGUUUUUGUAGUGACUUUUAUGCCACCCAAAUAAAGAAUGAAUGGGC